AUGGGCCACCAGCAACUCUACUGGAGCCACCCCAGGAAGUUCGAGUAGGACUCGCGCUCCUGCCGCGUCUGCUCCAACCGGCACAGACUGAUCCGCAAGUACGGUCUCAACAUGUGUUACCAGUGCUUCCGCCAGUAUGCCAAGGACAUCGGCUUCAUUAAGUUGGAUUAAUUCUACAAUAAUAGUUGAAGAUGGCUUGAAAAGACAUAAGAAGAGGUUGGCACUCUUGGAGGACUGGGCUAGCUGCUGUGCAACUGUAUACAAUAGAAGUACUGGGUUUUGUUUAUUCCAAUUAUGGCAGUGUUUCCUAUUAAUAUGUUACAACUUUCAUAAUUCUAGC